GAAGCUUCCAAGCAGCAGCUCCUCCGUUGGCAUUCAUCCCACCUUACUCUGACCAUCUUCUUCUUGCCCUCACCCAAAAUCCCCCCAAGCCCAGCCCAAACCGAACCUCCUCUUUUCUUUCAGACUCCCACACCACGCUUUUUCUCUCUGCAAUCUUCAGUAUACAAAUUGCUGCAUACGACAGAGAUAUGCCCCAACAGCAAUUUUGAUGCUCUUUGUUUGUUGUCUGCCAUGUCCAAUUCCCUUCCAUCUUUUGAUGACAAUUUCCAACCGCAUUUUUGUAUUUCCUAAGCACUUCUCCGAACUGGCAUUUCCGCAGCCCCUCGUGCACCUUUUUAGCAAAGUCAAGAGACAUAAUUACAGUACCGAGACAUUAGGACCUUGAUUUCACCCGCCCAAGUAUGAAUUCCACAAAAGAUAUACUCCCAAUUCACAGUGAUAACAAAUCCCAAAUCCCGUUUUCGCACCUCAAGCACCUUUUCCUAGACGUAUUAUUCAACCCCAAGUACACCAUAGGUGCAGAUCAAUUCUUGAAGAGUUCGAAUAAUUCAGUGUAUCUUUCAGCUUCCAUUACAGAUAGCUCCACCAUCACAUUGCACUACGAAGACUACGAGGGCCAUCACGCAGUCUUUAGUGAGGAAGGUAUAAAAACGCUUAGGUGUAUGGCAGCAACGUUGAGCUCCAGAAAUGAAUUGGCUGAUUGUGUUCAGAUGUAUACCGAGCAUCGAAAGGAUGUAGUCAACCUGGUAUAUGUGAGGCUUCGUGAGAAAUUGAAGGUAGAGACCGUCUGUGUUUUUAUGUGCUCGGAUGAGUUGAGUGAGAAAACCCAACAGUGGAUACAAGUAGCCAAGAUUUGCGUAGGCACCAUUUUUGGAAUAGAGAAGUGUUUCUAUGAGCAAAUUUUUGGAGAUCUGGGAUCAUUCGAGGAUUCUGCUGCUAACGGUUUUGUGUACAUAAUAGAAGGGACUGCUGCUGAGUUGCUUGAGUUUCCAGACUCUCUAUUAGCCAGGGGCCGAUUGCCCCAGAGACCAGACAUUUUGUUGCCCUUAUAUCAUGAACUAACCAAUCUAAUUCCACAUCUGAUGGCAUAUUUGGACCAAGAUGUAUGCCUAGCGAAAACCAUCUGCAAUUUUGCCACUAACAUUAUGCUCCGACUGAAACAGCAAAUGGCAAACCUCCUUUCUGUUACAGAGAAACACGUUCUUCGUGAGCUUUCGACAAGGCCAUUACCUGGAGGAGGAAUUCACCCCUUAACUAAGUACAUAAUUCAUCACAUUGACCUGAUUUAUGUUCACAGGGAAUCCUUAACUGAGUUGGUGGCUAGACCCCAAGGUUCCAAUGACGACCAAGAUCCUCCAGAAAUACCGGGUUCACGUGAAAUGGAUGAAGGGCUAAUUUUCCUAAAGAGGCAUCUUACUCGAGUUAUCGAGUUUUUCCUGCAGAACUUGAAAUUCAAGUCCAACUUCUAUGGACAAGAAUCUCUGCAUUGUCUGUUCAUGAUGAACAAUGUUAACUCUGUUUCUGAGAAGAUUAAAAGUUCCAAGGAGUUGGAAGAACUUAUUGGCACUCACCUGCAGAUGAAAUUAAGAGAAAAAGUGGAGCUGGCAAAGACUGAUUAUUUCCGUAGAAGUUGGGGCGAAGUCUGCACUUUUUUAAAGGGUGAAGGAUUAAAAUCACAUUUGAAUUGUGAUUUCUUUCCUGGAAGGUCUACAAGAGCUGUGAAAAAAAAGUUCAAGACCUUCAAUCAUAUGUUUGAAGAUAUUCUUCAGGCUCAAGAAGGAUGGAUAGUACCAGAUCAGCAGCUGCGGAUGAAACUUCUUGAAUGCAUAUUGGCUAAGCUGAUUCCGGCCUAUAAUCACUUUCUUGAGCGGCUAAGCCGAGUACACAAAGUGAAGCGUGUGAGUGAGUACAUAAAAUAUUCUGUCAAGGACUUGGAGACCAAGGUGCUGGAUAUGUUUCAGAAUAAGUAUUGAAGAUUUGGUUAUUAAUACUUCAACUCUAUUAGAUGUCAGUUUGAACAAGUUUAUGUAUUAGCUAUCGCAAUG